AUGGAUGAGACUUAUGAAGGUAAUAUAAAAAAUAUUCUUGAACAAACAUCUUUGAAAUGGAUUUUUGUUGGUGGUAAAGGUGGAGUUGGUAAAACGACAUGCAGUAGUUCUUUGGCUGUUCAAUUAUCUAAAGUAAGAAAAAAUGUUUUAUUAAUAUCAACAGAUCCAGCUCAUAAUACAUCAGAUGCAUUUUCACAACAAUUUGGAAAAUCACCAUUAAAAGUUAAUGGAUUUGAUAAUCUUUUUUGUAUGGAAAUUGAUGCUUCACAACCUAUGGAAAGUGAUGAAGAAAAUUCUACUAAUCUUCCUGAUCUUGGUGUUGGUGAUAACCAAAUUUGGAAUAUUUCAAAAAAACUUCUUAGUGAAGUUUCUGGUUCAUUACCUGGAAUUGAUGAAGCAAUGUCUUUUGCUCAAAUAUUUAAACUUAUUGAUUCAAUGGAAUUUGAUUGUGUAGUUUUUGAUACAGCACCAACAGGACAUACACUUCGUCUUCUUAGUUUUCCAUCAGUAUUAGAAAAAACUUUUGGUAAAAUUAUUGAUGUUUUUGGUCAGGUAAAACCAUUGAUUGGAAUGUUUGGUGGUAUGCUUGGUGGUAAAUUCAAUUCAAAUGAGAUUUAUCAAAAAAUAAAUGAAAUUCUUGUGACUGUUAAAAAAGUAAAUGCUCAAUUUAAUGAUCCAGAUAUUACAACAUUCGUCUGUGUUUGUAUUGCUGAAUUUUUAUCUUUAUAUGAAACUGAACGUCUUAUUCAAGCUUUGAUGGCUCAAAAUAUAGAUACACACAAUAUUAUUGUUAAUCAAUUAAUUUAUCCAGAAAAGGAUGAUAAAGGUAAUAUAACAUGUAAAAAAUGUAAAUCACGCUACAACAUACAACAAAAAUAUCUUUUACAAAUAUCUGAUUUGUAUGAAGAUUUUCAUGUUACUAAAUUACCUCUUCAAGAGUCAGAAGUUCGUGGACCUGAAGCUUUAAAGGCAUUUUCUGAGAAACUAGUUAAUCCAGAUGAAUAA